AUGGCAAGCAGGAGAUUCUCAUUGGACAGCUCUGUGUGAGUAAAUAUCCGACAUUUUCAGUGACUUUUACCUGAACUCUCUGUUACCUUGAUAUUCUUGGUUAUAUUUGGUCACUUAUACUUCUCUUUUACAGCUGAUGGAGAUGAGAAAAAGUGCAUAAUGUACAUCAAUAUUCUUGUUAAGUCGCUUUUGCGUUUGUGGCCAUUGGUGAAUAGAUGUAAAAGUGUCCUCCAGAGACCCCUGCUGUUACUCAGACAGUGCAAACUAACCUCAGGCCUUAUGGUGGGACAGCCAGCUCAAUUUGGAGAGGACAGCUGUUACAGGUUGUUUUAGCUAGUUUUACUUCACCCCCAGGAACGAUUCAAACUGAAAUAUAUAAUUUAUAAUCUUCAAUCAACAGUAUAGUCACGUAUACUACCUCUUUACUCUUCAGCCUACAGUGCUCCUGACACUCUGUUGAUGAUAGACUACAGUAAAAGGUGUUUUGUUGAUACAUCAUGUAAAAUCAACAAUCUCUGUGGGAAAUAAAGCCUCACCUGAUGAAAACAAUGCAAGUAAAGAUAGUGACAAGACAGGACUUGCUGUCUCCCACAUUUACUUUUGUAUAGUGUUACAUAAUCUUUGUGUUUUCAUUUUGUUUAUUUAUUCAUGUGACAUUGUUAUGUCAGUCCCACCUGUGUGCUGCAUCCUCACUGAGCAAUUAUAUCUUCCCUGCUCUCUUGAGACAGUAUUGCAGACGGAGCAGGACUUCUCGGUGCUAAAGGAAGUGGCGGUAAACUCGGCAGUAAGAAAUCCAAACAGACCCAGAGCCUGGAUGAUGCCCGGAUGGAGUUCCAGGAGCUAAAUCGCUCCAUGAAUUCCGGUGCCCCCCUCAGGUAAACUGCUUUAAAUACCACACAGGCAUUUUAAGGUAUUAGAGGGUUUUUUUACUUAAAAUCCUGAGAACGUUAAUUGUGUUAUGAUCUUGUUUGUGUCUUCAGGGAGCAGCCCAUAGCAGAGGAGAACAUGGACAAACCAGAUGGACUCAUCAACAGUAAUGUAAUUGCAUGUUAUCUUACUCCUUGAUGUUUAAAGCUCAGCUUCAUACUUUCAUGGUAACAAUAUAUCAUUUACUUUAAUGCAAUUAAUAUGUGAAAGUGGUAAAAGGAGAGAAACAAAUCUGUAAUUUCAUUUUGCAUAAUGAUGCCAGCUUCACAGAAUGUCCUGUUUAUUCUCUGUAUGAGCAAUCUGUAAUUUUACUGUUUAAGCCCACUGCCAAUGCUUUUAAAAGUCUUCUUUUUCCUGUACCUGGCAGCUGUAACUUAUAAAAUCUCACUGUAAUUAAGGCCCACCAGCUCAGUAUGAUACAGUAUGCACACAGGGGAUGCAUAGCUUAUGAACAUUAGCAAGCGCUAGGCACCUGAGAGACAGAGGAGUUGUUGCCAAAACAUACAAACAUUACCGAGAUGGUCAGAAACACAACUCCAUAAUUUGAAUAAUAUUGUUAUUAGACAUAUCAGUUUAAAUCAAUGAUGGUUUGUCAAUGUAACUUUUUUUUAAUUUCAUAAUUUCUUGUGUUAAGUGUGCUUUAUUUCCUACAUGAUAAAACUACGCUUUCUAUUUGAAAUGUAAGAUAGUAAUUGUACAUCAUGAGGUGCAGAUCUAAAUGAAAACAAUUAAAAGAGCGGUUAAAAAGUAUAAAUGUUCAUUUGACCUGUAACCUGAAGAUACACAAGCUCUAAUGUUUUUGGAUUAACGGUAAAUCCUUGAAUUUCAAUAUUUACAAGUGUCUAGUCAUCUUUUAGAGACCUUACGAGCAGCAGCAGGUUCUUUUUUGUCUCUACUCUGUUUUGUGACAUUUUCUAACCAGUGUGAAGGACUACUAUGAACCCACCGUAUUACUGUAUGCUGAGUUUUAGCUUUUUAACACUUGACUAUUUCCCCCCCACAGAGCUUCAAAAAGCACAACAAAAGCUUUCACAAACUUUUCCCGGAUAUCCCUGAAGCAGAGAACCUGACCCACGGUGAGCUGAUCCAUCCAGUUUUAAAUUCCUAUCUUACUGAUUUCUGGCUGAUACUGUUUACCAGGUGAAACAUUUGUGGACAAGGUUUUCACAGCUUUAAGUGAUGUGGUGUCUUUGUGUGUCUGUUGCAGCAUUCACCUGCUCCAUGCAGAAGGAGGGGCUGUAUCAUGGAAAGCUGUAUAUAUCUGAACACCAUGUUUGUUUCCACUCAUCUGUGCUGCUCAAAGACACCAAGGUAACAAAUUUAGACUCAAGAGCUAAACCCAGUGCACACUGGUGAAGUUCCAGUAAGCUGAUUUUUUGUUUUAAUCAGGGUAGUAAUUGUUUAUAAAUUGAUGAAUUACAUUUAUUUGACCUUAGUUUUGUUGUAACUUUGGCAGAACAGCUCACAUUUUGUCAAAGAGAAGGUUGACAUUUAAAUCAGCGUAUUUCAAAUUCACUAUCCCCUCCGGCAUUCAAAAUACCAAGGACUCCCUUUUCACUGAAAUGUUUCAUAACAGAUAAUAGAUUGUACUAUCUAUUUCUCUUUUAUAAUAGAUUGUAAAAUGACAUUAAUGACCUUUUGAUUCCUGUGAUGACAUUUAAUUAAAAGCUAUUUUGUCGACCUUGCAGGUGGCUGUUUCAGGAUGCAGUGUCAGGGAGGUGAAGAAAUACAACUCAGCUUUAUCCAUGUUGUCCAUUAAGACUUCAGAUGGAGAGAAGGUCAGACUACACAUCAAAAAAAUACAUCUAUACUCAUAUUGUUCUCUGUUCUUUGUUUUUAUUUUAGUUUAUCUGUUAAUUAUAAAGUUCUCUAUAACAACAACAAAAGACAAGGUUGUAAAUAUGUUUGGUCCUGCUGUAAAAAUUGACAUUUAAGUAAGGAUCCUGCUGGACUUAUAGUCAUAUUUUUUGAUAUUGGGCACAAAUACGGACUGUUUCUUGCCAGAAUUAACCCCUUAUUUUUUUUUCUUUAUUAGUACACCUUUGUGUCUUUGAGGAACCGUGAGCUGUGUUACCAUCUCCUUACAAAUAUCUGCUCAUACGCAAAGGUAAGUUUCACUUAUCUACUGACACAUAAAAAAGGAAACAGAAGAAGAGCUGCAGGUUAAAUGUAUGUUUCUGUUUCAAACAGGAGGGGAGUCCCAACAGCAGUCCUCACCUCUCCUCUGCAGAGAACGAAGCUGAGCAUGACGUGGUAGGUUCGCUGCAGCAAACAAAGUUUGAGGGGUCUAACAUGCAUGCGUGAUGCGGGAUGGCUCUAACCUUCGGUGUCACUGUCCUUGUUGACAGGCCCCCGCUUAUUCCAGCUUAGAGGACAGCAUAGACCAUACGAGCAGACAGAGCAGCCACGACUUUGGCAUUCCUCAAAUGUCCAGCGAAGGUGAGAAAAACUGGAGUACAAUAUGAUUUGUCAGCAGUGUCUUGUAUGGGAGUCGUGCCAAGAUGGUAAUAUCUGAGAUACUAGCAUUAAAAAUCUUCAACCCUAACACCAAGUAUUUCAACAACACCAUGGGGAACAAUGCAUAUGUGUGUUUGUGACUUUGUAGGUCCUUCCAGGACCAAUUCCACACGUCAAAGCAGUAUUGCAGACCCAGAAACUCGAGGUGUGUGGUCGAGCUCACACAUAGUUGCACAUAGCAAAUAUACAUGGCAACCAUUUUCCUUAAGCCACAACAUAAUGUACUGCUGUUCUCAUGAACCAGCUGCAUUUUACUCCUCUCCAAUUUAUCAGCACCUUUAGUGUCAGUGGACAUUAAAAAGAUAAAAUGGGCUGUAUGUCUAGUGAGAAUAACUCAUCAGACGUGUCACACUGUUACAAAUGUUACAAAAGAUUUUGACUCCAAUUUAAUAUCACCUGUAACUUCUGGAGCAUUAACACUCGAGUCUGCUGACUCGGAUAUUCUAACAAGCUCGUCUGUUAAAAAGCCGCAUAGUUUACAGGAUAGGUGUAAAUUCUUCAGCUUUACAAGCAAUCACAAGAAUUUUUACUAAGAAACAAAUUUUGAAUGAAUGAGGAACUAACUUUUAGUUAAUGUGAAGUUCUUCAGUAACUACUCUAAUUUUGCAUGCCUUAGUUCCUCAUUAACUUGAUCAGGGGUUACUUAAGAACUGAUCAUUAUCAAAUAGUUAGAUUACUUCCUCAGUAACUAUACUCUCAUUUCGUGUGCCCAAGUUCCACAGUAACUUCUCAUUAUUUCCCCGUUAGUUCUUUAUUAGUUCCUCAGUAACUAUUGUAUUUUGUUGUACCUUAUUGUAAAGUGUUACCAAAAGUGAACUUAUAGGACGAUGGACAUCAAAAAGCUAAAUACAUAGCUGACCAUGCUUCAGGUUAAAAUGACUGAUUUAUUGCCUAUUGGCUACCGAACAGCAGCUGACAUUUCACUGUAGGGCAGCUGUGACAUCUCUCAAUCAGAAGGUCUGGGGUUCCACAUGUUGGAGUGUCCUUAGACAAGAUACUUGACCCCAAAUGUGUGGACAGGAUUAGUUAAUCCUGAUAGACACUUAACAUGGCAGCUGUGAAAGUGACAUGUAACGUAAAUGUGUGAGCUUUAUGAACACAGUCCAUUUAUUGUGACCAUUAUACUACCUGGUCUAGUAUAGAGAAAAGUGUCAAAAAGGAAUAAAACGUUUUUUUUUAAUCCAGCAGAGAGACCGUGGAUGUGGAGCAUCUUGGAGAGAGUUGCACCGUUCCUCUUUGUCAGCGACAUGAGGAACCUCAGCAUUCUCUUCUACAUCUAUGUGACACUGUGAGUAUAAAAGUCAAUUAGAUUUACUCAGAGACUGUGCUCAAGGAUAGUUUUAGGUACUCUUAUCACCAUUAGUUUGCUGCUACAGAUUCAGACACACUGUUUUAAAUUUAAUUUAAAUUACAGCUGCUCAAUAGAAUAUGGAAGAGUACAAAUAGACUUGUUCUUAUUGAAUUAUUUCAAAUAUUAUAUAUAUUGAAUUCUCAUUGAACAGUUUUUCACUUAGAUUUAUCAGUAACAGUUCCCCUUAAGACCUAAAAUUGAGUGUUUUUUUUUUUUUUUGUGAACCAUAGAGGUUUAAUAUAAAUGUAAAUUCUCUCAAAACAUCAGAUUGGGUUUUUUGAAAGAGUACACAGAAGCCCCCAAAACUCUUACUGCUUUGGGUUUACAUUUCUUAGAUGAAUUUUGCACCUGGACGCACAUCUUUUCAUGGGUUUCUGGGCUGAGGAAAUGCAAUCCUUGAGAUGUAGUUUUAGAAAUGUCACCACACAAUGUUCUCACAGGCUGCACGCAGAUACAAUUUACUGAUAUCACAUUGUUUUUGUUGUACAGUAUGUUCCUGUCCCCGCUCAGCCUUUGAUCUGCUCUACGAAAAAAAUGUGCUUUCCCCAGAGGGUAAAGUGUUGUAGCGUGUGACAGCAAAACACAAAGCAUUCACGUAAUUCUUGUGUCUGUGUUUGCAGGAUGGCGUUGCUGCUGGUGGCAUCAGGGUACAUUGGACUGAGAAUCAUCGCUUUGGAGGAGCAGCUUAACUCUUUAGGGACCCUGACAGAGUUGGCUUUGAGACACAGACAGUGAGUUAUCACCCAAACAUUCAGAAAGACAAGAAAAGAAAAGCUGCUGAAAAGAAGAUGAAGGAGGAAGUGAUUUGGGGACUGCAGAAAAAACACAUGACCAAGCCCGAACCGGUUUUGGUGACUUUUAAAACCGUAGCCAGUAGAUGAGAUUAGACAGAAGCAGAGUAGUUUUACAGGUUUGUGACAGCAGCACAGACGUAAGAUCACUGAUAACGUUCCUCCCAUCACACCACUGUGUCCUAAAUGUGACCUUAAGAUGAUGCUGUGGAAAAACCCUUACUGACUUAGUCACGCUUGAAGAUGAAACAGUCAAAAUAAAGAUAUUUGAAAAAAUCUAUUAUGAAGUUAAUUUACAAAAUGUGUUUCUGUCUUAGUAAAGGACAGUACGUAAACCUUUUUAAUCUGAACUAAUACACAUUUAAAUUCCUACUUUGUGCUCUAAAAUGUUUUUUUUUUACUGUUUAUAUAUUUCAGAGCUGUUACGAUGUCUUCUCAGACACAUGAGAUACCAAAUAAUAAAUGAUUCAUUGUUGAAGGUUAAUAAAGAAAAGCUGCUACAAGCUCUGAAUGAAUUUGUAUGUAGUAAUACCUUUCCCCUCGGGGAUCAAUAAAGUUAUUCUACUGUAUUGUAUUGUAUUGUAUUGUAUUGUAUUGUAUUGUAUUGUACAAAAAUGAGUGCAUCUACAAUCAUAACCAUUCUGCAUCACAGACACCUUUUGUAUUUUUCUAUUAUUGCUUCUCACUUUCACUGCAGGUCCAUUUCUACGAUGAGCUUAGAUUUUUUCAAAUCUCAUAUGAUAAAAUGUAACUUCUCUCCACCGCUGCUCUUUCCAUUUCCCAUGCAGGUACCAGGAAACAUAG